AUGUCAUUCCGCGGGGACGAGUCGCGCCGCUAUGGCCAUGUGCCCCCCGCGCAGUAUCCUGUUGCCGGCGGUGCGCAACAACAGCCGGCAGGAUACCCUCAACGACAACCGAGCUUCAAUAACGGGGACGACUCGAGUUUCUUCGAUCAGGAUGUGGCCGCACCCAGACCUCAGCCCCUCUACACCGGUAACAACAAUGUGGGGAGGGGUGAAGACGAGCUUUUCAUAACGAGUCCGACGGUAGAUUCUCAACCACCACCUCCGCCGCCGCCGUCGAACCGAGCAAGCUACAUGCCACCUCCUCCGCUGACCCCCAACACUGCCUAUCAACGACAGUUCCAGGGCAACGUCCCGCCUCCACCCCCAUCACAUUCUACGUAUAAUCCCCAGCAUUUUGCUCGAUCGCAAUCCACCUCACUUCCAUACCACCCAUCACCAGCGGCGAACCGAUAUACGCCCACAGCGAGCCCAACUUACAACGCGCCCCCUCAGAACUUCACUCCCCAAGCGUACAACCCAGCUGCGUAUGCGAAUGCCACUGCUGUGGUUCCGCAAAGGCACUCUACCGUUGCAGGGUACAAUAACAACAACUAUGGUUAUAAUUACAGUUCAGCCACGGUCCCUCAUGUGUCUGCGGCCUAUGUUCCUCCUCCGCCCUCAGGUUAUGGGGGGGCUCAACAGCCCUCGGCCACUACUUCUCCGGCGCUUCCAAACUCUUCUUUUGAGCCAACACUUCACAGUCCGCAGUAUGCCCAACAAGCACCAACUCCAUCAUCCGUUAGCUCUCCCCGUGAAUCACAGUACCCGGCAAAUUAUGGCGGACAGCAAUACUCCAAUUCUUAUGCUACCAAUGGAGCCAACAUCCCACAGAGCCCUGGGCUCUCUGCCUCGAGCUCACAAGCACCUUAUCCAACGCAUUCCCAGAUUCCAGUUGGUCCAGGAUACUCUCCAGAUCCCACCUCUUUUGCCAACCGGGCCUCUCGAUCUAACUCGCACACAUCGCCAAUACCUUCACCCCCAAAUCAUGGGUAUCAAAACUCUCUGAUAUCCCGCCACCCAACAAAUGCUCCUCUUCCCAACCGCCCAUUGGACGACUUGACGGAGGGAGCAAGUUGGAGAGCGAACGGACGAAGUAAUAGCGACACGCGGUUUACUCAGGACAGCUUGAUCCAGGAUAUUGUUUCUGACCUUGGGAUUCCUUCCCGUGGGCAGCGGCCCUUGCCCGUUAAUGGCGCUUUGUCUGACAAUAACCUGGACAUGGUGCGGCGUUAUGGCUCUAAUGCGUCUGGCACUACGAUGCAAACUGCGACGAACUCGCUGUUGAAUCGACACCCAUCCGAUGCCUCCUCUGCUCUGACUAGCAAUAAUGAUAUCUCGACGACAUAUAACUGGGACUCCGAGGAAAGCGACCCUGAGGGCGCCGCGGGGCUCCAGGCUAUGCAAGAUGAUCUUGACGACCGAAGGUUUGGCGGAAUGUCUUUCCCUGGAUAUCCUGAUUACAAACCCUCGUCUUCGUCUGCACCUUCAGCAGGCACGCCAAUCCCUGCUCCGUUGGGAUCUCAGCUUUCUACGCCUGCGGAGGAGCAGCCUAGCACUGAUAGCGACUAUGGUGGAAUGGAUCUAGGAAUGUAUGGCGGCGGCUAUGCUGGGAAUCUUCAUUAUGGAAACGAUAUCAACUCGCCGCCAGCUACAGCUCAUGACGGACCACGACCGCUCCCAGUUCCGGGACAAGUCCCUGAUUAUGCACCCUUUUCCGAAGCAUCGGUAGACUAUGGCGGCACUGGUGGUCUCCAACAGCCCCAGGUCCACCGUCUGAGCUUUGAUGAGGGUGAUGAGAGGGUGUCACUUCACUCGCGGCAGAGCAGUGACUCCCCUUCCAAAGAGGAGUAUCCGUACGAUCAGAUGUUUUGGCACCCCGGCCUGUCUAACCGACCUCUGCCUGCCAUCCCUCCAAGUCUAGAAGGACGACACAGUGGCUCCCACCUUGCCCCAGAUCUGGUAAACAGAGCCGGUUAUCAGCACAAUCAUUCUCUGAGUGCAGACUCUCGACUUCCUUAUCCGCCUGAUAACCACGAGAUGUAUCCAGGUCAACAUGCGAUCCAGCAACAACAAGUUGAAAGGUCGAUAUCUUUGUCGAGCCACAGCAAUACCCCUCCAGUGGUGGCACCUGCAAGGUCUAGGACAGAUGCCGCCGAGGAGCGGAGGCGCGCGCAGAAGCAGAUGUCGCAGCAACACCAGCUUCCCUACCCACAAGGCGCCGCAUAUGAAGGCUAUGAGACGGGUACUCCAUCUUCCAUGGCUGGCUAUGAUAUGAUCACCCUGCCCACUGGAAGACGGAAGAAAUUUGUUCCUUCGAAGCUUAAUGCCGCCGAUAUUAAGCGGUGUGCAGAGCCAUGGGCUCUUAGUGGCAUAACUGCCUGGAUCCGCGAGAUGGCUGAGGGCGAGCCAGAUCUGAAAAGGAAGACCAUCGAAGAGGGCGUUCUCAAGCUUUUCUGUGCUAAAGUUCCGACCAUGAAUGUCGCCGACGCUGAGCUUCUGAGCGCCAACGUCGUCGAAUCCAUGUUUGCGGCUGGAAUCCUGAUACCCGAGGAAGAAUGGGUCAAGUUCGGCAAAGGUCAACUGUCCGGUGUGCUGUGGCAACUUACUGGCUCUGGGUGCUACGCUCCAAAGCUGCAUGAAGAUGAGGGCAUGGUCCCCAGGUUGCAUGGAGAUGGCAUUCCUGUGAGAUGCUACUCCCAGCAUUGCGGCCGGACGCUUAAGAAGGUGAACCUGGACAACAUGAUGUCCGAGGACGACACGCCCACCCUUGACUGGGCCACUUUCCACGGCGUGACCAUGGAAGACAUCAAAUCUAAGCACAAGAAGGAAGUCGAGAGACAGAACGUUCUGCACGAAAUUGUCACGGGCGAGGAAGACUUCAUGAACCAGCUCGAUGUUCUCCGGCUGCUUUAUAGGGAUCAACUUCGGGUCUACCAGCCACCGAUUAUUGCGGCAAACAGACUCGAGAAGUUCCUCGAGGCCGUGUUUGGAAAGGUCGAUGCCGUCCAGCAAAUCAACAAAGAACACCUCCUUUCUCAGCUCAAGUAUCGCCAACAGGAGCAAGGGCCGUGGAUUGUUGGCUUUAGUGAUCUGUUCAGGGAGUGGAUCAGAAAGGCCAGGCCGAUUUACAUCGAGUAUUGUUCAUCAUUCCCACACGCCACAUACUUGAUCAGGAGAGAGGCGAGCAGAAAUCUUUUGUUCCGCCAGUUCCUCGACGUGGUCAGAGAUCACAAGCGUUCGAAGCGUCUCGAAUGGACCACAUUCGUGAAGGCACCCAUCACCCGGCUACAACGAUACGGCCUUCUCUUGGAGACGGUCAAAAAGAACAUGCUUGGCGAAAGCGAGGAGAAGGCCAAUCUUGUCAAGGCUCUGGAGGAAAUCAAAGCAGUCACUCACGAAUGUGAUGAGAAGGUUGCUGAGAUGACGAAGAAGGUUGAGUUGAUUGAACUUCAGGGACAGUUAGUGCUGCGUCCAGGUUUCCAGUCAGUACUGAACCUCGACCAUCUCGGCCGAGAAUUACUCAAGCAGGGCGAGCUACAGAGACAGGGCUCAAAAGGCGUCCGUUGGGUUGAUACACACGCGCUUCUUUUUGAUCACUAUUUUAUCCUGGCCAAGGGUGUCGCCUCAAAGGAUGGGAGGGGUGACAAGAAGUACGAUGUUUCAAAGGAGGUGAGUAAUGUUCCUGGCAUUAUUUACAACUCAUGUCUGAUGCUGACAAUCGAUGUAGCCAAUUCCAAUGCCGCUGCUCUUCUUGGAGAAACAGCGGUCGCAGCUGGUUCGGGUACGCAACUGAAUAAGGUGGCCUCUAAUGGGGCAGAGCGUCCUGGGCUUGAGCAUGCCGGAACUAGUUCUUCCAUGGGAUCUAUGAGUACGGUUACUCGCCUAGGCUCUGGUGGCACAGACGACGGGAAGAUCAUCUACCCCUUCCGUAUCAAGCAUCUCGGUCACGAGAUCUACACCCUCUAUGCCUCGUCGGCCCAGGAAAGGGCGGCUUGGUGCUCAGCCAUUAUUGAAGCAAAGACCAGACACGCACGAGCAUUGCAUGCGCAGAAUGCGGAACCAUUCCGGCUGCGCAUCUUAUCUGAUGGUGCCUUCGCCUAUGAUUCUAUCUCACUUAUGGGCAGGCAACCGAGUGUAUCGAUUCGGGGUACUCCCUUGGAUCGAGCCAUCAGAGAGAUGGAGCAGGUGUAUGGCCCAGGUCGGGGACCUCCACCAGUCUGCAGAGCUACCGUGAACUGCGCCUGCGCCUUCACUGCUUUUGGCAAGUCGAUGAUCGCCAUUGGAACGGACUAUGGCGUGUACAUAUCGGAGUCAUCAAAUCCUCGCGGUUGGACGAGGACGGUGCAAAUCAGCAAAGUCACCCAAAUCACCGUCUUGGAAGACUUUUCGGUCUGUCUCCUCAUCGCCGACAGAUCGCUAAUUUCAUAUCCUCUCGACGUGGUUGCCCCCGUCUCCAAUUUCCCUGCACCAUCUCAUGACAACCCCCGCCGGGCACCUCAGCGGUUGGCCAAGGACGUCGCUUUCUUCGCCACGGCACGCAUGAAGGAUAGGACUCUCUUGUUUUACAAGCGCAAGGAGGGCAUGCACAACACGUUCAAGGUUCUCGAGCCGGUCUUCCAAAAGGCAACUGAGAAGAGAUCCCGGCUCUUUGGCGGCCGUAAGGGCGGCGCCGGCUCCACAGAAUCAUUCCGCGAUUUUGACGAGUUUUACAUCCCCGCCGAGUGCUUCUCUCUCAAUCUCUUCCAGUCCUACAUUGCUGUUGCCUCGGCCAAGGGCUUUGAGCUGUUGACCCUCGACAAGAAGGUUACGCAGUCGAUUCCUCGAGACCUGAGCGCGCCAGCGAUUGCCAACAUCGCCUCAAGAAUCAAUCAGAGACCGCUGGGCAUGUUCAAGCUCAACGACCAAGAGUUCCUGCUUACAUAUGAGGACUGUGCGGUCUAUGUUGAUAAGCAUGGAGAAAUCAGCCGGACGCUGAUUAUGGAGUACUCGGGCAAGCAAAAGAAGGCAAAGGCGGCGACCAUGUUUGGACAGUACUUGCUAUUGUUCAAUGAUGAUUACGUGGAGGUGAGGAAUGCGGAGAAUGGGAGGUUGAGACAGAUCAUUGCGGGUAGAGAUGUGAGGUGUUUGGAUUACGGAUUUAGGGGGCCGACAGGAAGCGGCAUGGCAAACGGUCCUGGCGGUCUGCCACCCGGGCUGGUGGGAUCAGCUAAUGGCGGGCAGCCGGAUUCGAAGGGGACGGUCAAGAUUUGCAUGAGCCACCCUGAGGUUCCCGGCGGUCAGAUCGUGUUGGAGAUGUUGUUGAAUGAUGGGCACACGGAGAAGAGUGCGUGA